AUGGCAAAUCUAGGAGCAUCAACGGCGCCAUAUCUGCACCCGUUCGGUGGUCCGGCGGUGGAGCUCGGCCCCGUCACCUUCGCGCUCGUGAACAUGGUGUGCAUUUACUGUAAAUUCUCCGGCCACUUCGAGAACAUGGAAGGUGGAGGCGACGUGGUGAGAGAUCUCAACUCCGGGAGAAAGCGACUGCGCCGACGCUGGAGAUGGAGAUGGUCUGUGAAUCGGAUGCUCCGUUGGCGGCGGCAGGGGGCUGAGAUCGCGACAUCACCGACGGAGGCUGUUAUGGCGGCAAAACUCCGGCACGACUGA